AUGUCAGAAAAGGAACCUGCCGAAGGGGCAGGAAAAGAAGGGUCGUCUGAGGAUGACGAUGUUGUGGAAGUGCCGCAAGCAGGGAAUGCAGAAGUGACACCGCUCGGCACGGCGGAUGUCGCGGAGCCCAGUGCUCACGUGGAAAAUGUCUCCGCCGCGUGCGAGGCGCCUGAUGCGGAACCGGGUGGUGAAUCUCCAAAGGAUUCGACAGCAGAGACAGCACGCGAAGUUGCGGCGAAGGAGGACACAGAAGGAGGGAGUGCGAGCCGAGAGGGAGCAGGCGAGGGAGCAGGCGGCGGAGCAGCGGAUCCGGAAGGUGGAGCAGAGUCGGAGAAAGUGCAAGCUGGUGAGGUUCCGAAGGAUUUCAAAACAGAGGCAGCGGGAGACGGUGCGACGAAGGAGGACGCAGAAACAGCAACGGCGAGCCGAGAGGGAGCGGAUGGCGUAGACGCAGAGGGAGCUGAAGCGGAUUCGAAGGCACAGACAGCAGGUGACGAUGCGACGAAGGAGGACGCAGGAACAGCGACAGCGAACCCAGAGGUACCGACAGAUGCAGGAGCAGAGGGAGCCGAUGUGAGUGCCAAGGCACCGGCGGCAGAUGACGGUGCGACGAAUGAGGACGCAGAGAAAGCGAUGGCGAAACCAGAAGUACCGGUCGAUGGAGAAGCAGAGGGAAUUGAGGCGGAUAUCAAGGCACCGGCAGCAGAUGACGGUGCGACGAAAGAGGACACAGAACCAGCAACUGAGUUGUCGAAAGGAACAAGGAAGGGAGGAGCAGACCCGGAAAGCGGGGCAGAGGCUGAGAAGGCGCAAGCUGCGGCGGCAGAUAAAGAACAAACAGAGGCAGAUGCGACGGAAACGAUGCAGCCCAGUGAGGUGGAAAAGAAGACGGCGAAUGCGGACCCGCCUUCCGCCGUUGCGCAGGCGGAUCCUGCUGUUGCUCUCGCCACUGCCCCCGAAGUCGUUCCCGCUGUCACUUCCGCCGCUGCUCCCGCUGCUGCUCCCGCUGCUGAUCCUGCGGCACCACUCGCUUCCCCGGCGGAAGCUGUUCCGCCAGCAACCCCUGCCCCUCCUGCGGAAGCGGGGGCUGCUCCCUCCGCCACCCCCGUUGCUCCGCCAGCUCCCGGUGCGCCUCAGCAGGCACCACCAUCUGCUCCCGCCGUUGCCGCCUCUUACGCAACGAUAGACGCGGAGAUCAAAGCGGUGCGGGACAUGCCGAAUCCUUUGGGCCCGGGACCUUCCGGAAGCGCAUCCGCACCAACGCCCGCAACCGACGCUGCGCAAGCAUCUCCUGCGCCGCCAGCAGCGGCAGGCGCAGCGGCAGCAGCGCCAGCAUCCGCGGCAGGAGGACAGGCAGCGCCAGUAAUAGAAACAAUAGAGCUGGACGACGACGAGGACGACGAAACGGACAACAACGCGCUGAACGCGAUCCUCUCCGUGCCACCGAAAGAGCUCGAGACAGCGGUGGAGAAGCUCCUAUACAUUCACAUGAGGCCGCGCCUGCCGGGCGCGGAGGACGACGAUCAGGUCGCGCCGCACACGAUGGCGGCGCUCGAGACGGGCGUGAAGUGGGUGCUGAAGCGGCAGGGCUCGGCGGUGCCCGCGGAGCAGUGCGUGCGGCUGGCGAAGGCGCUGCUGCUGGACUCGCAGCACGGGAAGCGCGGGCGCCCGCGCAAGUACUUCGCGGAGGCGGAGGUGAACGUGGCGCUCGCCGCCGUGAGCGCGUGGCUGGAGAGGCGCAGGCAGCAGGAGGCAGGGGAAGGGGCAGGGGCAGGGGGAGCAGGAGGAGGGGCAAAACCAGGCGACGCAGCAGUUGCUGCGAAGGCGGCAGCAGCAGCGACUGCAGGAGCUGCAGGGGGGGCGGGUUUCCCUGGGCCGGCAAUGCAGCUGCUGGCGCAGCAGUAUCAGCAGGUGCCGCAGCAGCAGCAAGCGAGCUGGUUGCGGCCUCCUGUUGCUGCAGCAGGCGGACUUCCGCCAGCAACGCAGCUGGCGCAGCAGCAGGGGCAUGGGCAGCAGCAGCAGCAGCAGGCGAAUCUACUGACCAUGCCGUCCCUGAACCCGCGGUUAGAUCGCUCAGUGGAACUGCCUGGUUACUACCCCAGCCGUGUUCCCCCAGGCCUGACGUUCAACUUACGCCCCGGCGCCAUACUCGCCGGCACCGUACCUCGCACCGUACCUGCCGGCUCCGCACCUGCCGGCACCAUACCUCGCACCGUACCUGCCGGCACCGCACCUCCCACCAUGUUUGCCAGCACCAUAUCUGCUACCACAGUUGCGGCGUCGCCUGCAGGGAAUCAGACGGACGGGGUGGGUCUGUGGCAGGGCAGAACACGGUUGGGAGGGCUGGGUUCUAAGGUGCGGCAGGGGAGGCAAGCGUGGGAGGGGUUUGGGGGCCUGAAUUCAGUGCCCUCACAGCAAAGUGAAGAGGCUGGCAGGAGGCUUGUGAUGCCGGCGGGAGAAGCACAGCGGGUGACACAGGGGCGAGAGCAGGGAGUACAGGGGGGAACGCAAGGGCGAACAGAGGGGGUAACUCAGGCGCGCGGGCAGGGAUUGGCGAACGCACCACCGGUGAGGGAGUAUGUUUUGGGGCUGAAGGCGCCUGAUAGGAGCACGCAGAGGCCGGGAGCAGGGCUGGUGGAAGUGCCUGUAGGGGGGGCUGCCCCGGGAGCGAUUCCGGGGUCGGGGCGGGGAGCGAGGCGAGGAGAACGGCAACCUGCUAGCGCUCUGCAGCAGCAGCUGCAGCAUCAUCAUCAGCAGCAUCAACAGCGGCGGCAGGAGCAGCAGCAGCAGCAGCAGCAGCAGCAGCAGCAGCAGCAGCAGCAGCAGCAGCAGCAGCAGCAGCAGCAGCAGCAGCAGCAGCAGCAGCAGCAGCAGCAGCAGCGGGUGCAGCAGCAGGCACAGAAGCAGCAGGAGAAGCCGCCAGAGGUGCAGCCGCCAACAGAAAAUCUCCCAGCGCCAGGGCUGGGCAAGGACGUAUGCGUGCAUAAAUACUACCUGCCGGGAAUAGAGGGCAGUGGAGAGGCGGGCAGGCAGAAGCAGGAGCGCGAGCACGCCACCUUGCUGGCGUUUCUCCACUGGCUCUACCCCCACCUGUGCGGGAUAUGCAAGGCGGUGGUGCAGCAUGGGCCGUUUGUGGAGGGCGCGCAGGGACGGUUUGGGGGGUACGAGGUGGGGGAUGUGGCCAAGGGGAAGGAGCGCGGGGUGCUGGUGCGCGCGCCCAGCAACUGGCGGAACGUGGGGGACUCCUCAUGGGCCACGGAGAUGAACCAGGUGAGUGGAGUGGGGAUGGUGGCGUGUCGGUUGGUGGGCAAUGGCACCUCUCCACUGGCCCUUCUUUUCCCAUCCCGCUCCCUCGUCACGCUCAUUUCCACCUCCCCUUCCUUCCUCUCUUUCCCUGACCACCACCACCUGUGCGAGCAGCAAGGGCCAAAGAAGCGGCGGCUGGUGUUUGUGGGCUGGCAGGCGUUUGCACAGACAGAGCGCGGUGCAGUGGACGUGGGCAUUCACAUCGAAGACACGGACGCCAUCAGGUCUCUCCUCGCCAAGAAGCGCCGCCUGCAGCAGUUUGCCCGAAACCGAGUCUCUGACAUCCAAACCUUAAAAGGCAGGCUCUCCGAAGCUCGCGUGCAAGUUCGGUCGCUCAAGGACCAGGUUCGGGAUCUCCAAAGCCAGCUGAAGGCUGCCAAGGAGAAGGAGAAAGCACGGGGGCGUGGCCGAGGGGAGAGAUCAGCAGAGGACGAGCAGAAGCAGCUGCAGCGGCGGCUCAAGAAGCUCAAAGCCCGGGCCGGUAACCGUCCAAUCACCGCUGAUGAUGUGGCGAUGCUGGAUCUGAUGUCAGACGACGACGACGAUGACGAGGACGAGGAUGCGGAGGGUGACGGGGCGGCAGCAGGGGCAGAGGGAGCAGCAGCAGAGGGGGUGCGGGAGGAGGCAGCAGAUGCGGCGAUAGGAGUGGAGUUGUGGAUUCAGGAGUUGGAUGAGCCAGAUGAUGAGAUGGUGAAUGAAUUGCUGGAAGACAUUGAAGUCAUGCCCAAUGUGGUUAUCCCUAGUGGGACCAGUACACCCGGUGUGUUUGGGGAGUCUCCGCAACUACCCGCUGUUGAUGUCCCAGCGCCGUCCCCUGCCGCGUUCUCGCCUGCUAACGCAUCCCCCUUUCAGAUUCCUCAAACUCCUAAUGCUGCUGCUCUCGCUGCUGCGGCGGCUGCUGCUGCCGGUUCUCCUGCUGGUGCGGGAGCUGCGGCGUCCCCAGCAGCAGGCAGGACCAUCUCGCCUCUCCUGCAGCAGCUGCUGCAGCGCUCCUCCCGCCCCAUUGCCCCCAGAACCACCAAACCCCAGCGCUCUUCUGCCGCCCCCGCACCUCCAACCUCUCUCAACCGCGCUCCCAUCCUCCCCACUGUCCCCCGCCACGCCUCCAACUCGUUCCUGCUUGCAGCAGCAUCAGGACAGAUCCCCACCCCUGCCGCACCUCCCGCUCCGUCCCCUGGAAACCCUCCCCGCACCCCUGGCUCUGCCGCCGCUGCUCCUCCCCGUGAGCGUUCCGGGGGGCCGUCCCUGGGCGUGUGGGAUAGGAUCCAGCUGAGGCGGAAGAGGGCAAGGGAGGGGCUGACAGGGGACCCGGAGGAGCCGGGGGCACAGCAGAGAGACGGGAGGGACGGGAGAGCGGGACGAGAGGGGCUGCAGCAGCAGCAGGAGGCGGGCGGGCGGGAGGGCAUGCUCACUCGCCCUUCCCUGGGGUCAGGCCGGCCGCUGGCUGGGUUACGGAAGCGGAGGCGGGAGGGGCAGGUUGACCCGGUGUUUGGAUCCGCUGGGCUGCGACCGCGCGGGCGCGAGCGCGACAUUCUGUUCUGGUUCCAGUCCACUGAGCGGCGCAAGAUGAACCGGUUCCAGUCACGGCUGGAGAAACGCCUGCACAAGGUGAACCUGCAGCGGAGGGCGUGGCGGCGAGGCGAGGAGGGAGGGGUGGAGGAGGAGGGUGGUGGGGAGGGGCAGGAUGGGGAGGAGGGGGAGGAUGGGGAGGAGGGCACGGAUGGGGGUGGGGAUGAGGAGGGAGGGGAGGGGGAUGUUGUGGAGGUGGGAGGGGGUGCGGGGGGAGGUGGUGGAGAGGUAUAUGUGACUCUGUUGUCUACUGACGACGAGGGCAAUGAGGGGGAAGAUGAUGGUGGGGAGUGA